AUGAACGUUAGUUAUGGACAUCAUGGCGACAUUUUCGGCACGAUCAAGUUCAAGCUUGACGACGGGACGAUCGAUCCGGAGAAGAGAUCGUUCUGGGUCUUGUUGUCUUCUUUGGUGCUUUUUGAGGCGUGGAUAAUUUUUCUCACAUAUUAUUUCUCGAGAAUAACUGGUCCGAUUGUUUCUUUCUUAUUGAACAGUUCUUGUUCGCAAAUGAAGACUACUCAGUACGAAUUAACGAUGCUUGGGUGGUAUUCUCGUACUGGAGAUUUGUUCCAGGACGGAAAAUAUGUUUCACAAGGUAGGAUUCGUUUGUGCGAAUCGGCAGCAGAUCGAGCAUUACUCUCAGUUGAAGGGCAAGCGGAGAGUGUACGUGCUGCCUUUCUAAAGCACCCCGACUAUACAGGGAAACCUUAUAAAGAUCCACCCCGUACUAUGGGUGACGGUUUUGCAAUCUUACAGAGUGCUCUCUUACACUUUUUCUACCGUCAAGAUAUAUUAGCGUUCACGCUGUCGUUCAAUGAUUUUCUGCCUGAAAUAGUUUCUUCUACGUAUACAAUUCAUAUGGGAAGUGGUCUCGCAUUACGGGUACGAUAUCCUGUAGGAAGCGCAAUGGCACCGAUAUUGGCAGCCCUUUCACGGGGUGCACAUACAAGUACAUACUGCACUCCUUCACGACAUGGGAAGCACUCAAUAAAUGUGGACGAAUGGCAUGAAAUUUGGCGUACAGAGAGCAUCAAUGCUGUAAUUAAGUACUCAUAUCAUCCUACUGUUUCGAAAAUCGCUUCUGAUCUUCCGUCUCACGUGUUGCAGGAGUUUCUGCCGAAGUCGCUGGAUCAUCCGAAAGAUCUUAGUAUUGUUGGCACUCGUGGAAAUUUAUUGCAGCUUACCCCUGAUAAAAUGGAUGUGACGUUAGAAAUUGGUGGUUCAGAAGUGAAAUUAACGGGUUCACUUAUCAAGUGCAUCAUUGGACUUAAAGACAACUACUUCGGGUUGUAUGACUCGAUGACUGACGUCACUCAACCGGAAGAACCGUCGACAGUGCGAUCAGUUUACAGCCGAGUUCCUCCGAACGCUCCUGUAGAAGCUUACCGAUGUAUGGAGGUUAUGUUCGACAUGAGAGUGUCCAACAUUCGUGCUCACUGUAUCACCUACACGUCUUUUUCGGAGGAGCAAGAGUUUUGUCCGGUCUUCUAUACAGAAGAGAUUGUUUUGCAAAUAAAGAAGGGAUUCAAGGAGACAUUGAUCCAGGUUGGUGUUACUCCCUGCGCCGCAUACUUUUCACGUGCUUCCGCGGCACAUAACGAUGGGUAUUUGGCACUCUCUGGUUUUCAGUUCAGGGGACAUGCAAUGUUUUCUCCUGUGGAUUGUCCAUGGGACAUGUCAGUUGUGGAAUAUUGUUGGCUUACGGAGAUUUUAGUUGGAGAAAUCAUCACAUUGGUCAAUUUUCUCGACACUUUAUUGCUGUUGCUAAUCGCGAAAGAUGAAGCAAAAAAGGUUCCAGAAAAGUUCAAAUUCUGCCAACAUGGGCAGAAAAACAAAAUGUGUUCUGUUGGAUCUCAGCCUGGUCGUCCAUGCGAGUCAGAAGAGCGAUAUGAUGGGAGAAAUCGCUUCAGACUAAAGUAUCGUCAAAUGCGUGUCUCCGUUGAUGGGAUACAGUUAUCUCUGGCUGACGAAUGUGCAGCGAUAACUGUGAUAUUCCACGUCCUUGAAAGUAAUACAUGGAUCGAGUGUGCUCGUACAAGUAUAGUCGGAGUAUCACUGGAUAUUGAACUUCCCUUGACACCAGAUUCAAGUCGUCUUGAUACUCUUCGUCUGAAAUUUCUUAAAAAACACGACAGUGAAACUAAACGUUUGCAAUUUCUAUGGAAUCCCACUACAGUUUGGGGUUGUGCAUGCUAUGGUGACACAGCUUUCAUGACCAUGAAUGACUCUAUGUAG